AUGGCAAGCAGUAGAGGGGCGCGGAAACGUACCCGAGGUGGUGCGAGCGGUGCGAGCGUUACAAGCGAAGCGAGCGAUGCGAAGCGAUGCCCUCCUCGGUUCACAGGAGGUGCUCGCUCGCAGCCUACUCUCGCCAGCAUCACUCGUGCGGGAUAUGAUGGCGAACUAGAAAAAGACAGCGUGCUGCUGCAGGCUGCCAAGAACUACUACCCUGAAGAUAGUAAUUGCUAUACCCCUGCCACAAAAUCAAUGCGUUUGAUCAACAUGCCACCGAAGAGACGUCCUCCACCCAAGCUUUACGGGCCUCUGGGGGAUAACGGAGAGUUGCAGUUCCCGCCUCCCAAGUCUUGGCAGGAAAGGGAGAGAGAGAGUGCUAGCCUGUGCUCGCCUGUGCUCGCAUGUGCUAGCCUGUGCUCGCAUGUGCUAGCCUGUGCUCGCCUGUGUCUGCCUGUGCUCGCCUGUGCUAGGCUGUGCUGGCCUGUGCUAUCCUAUCCUAUCCUAUGCUAUCCUAUCCUAUCCUAUACUCGGCCUGCCCCCUCUCCAAGCGCUACGCACUAUAGCAAAAGUGUCGUGAGGAUUAUUCGUGACGCUCGCCUAGCCCCCUUAGCCAGCGUACCGCGCGAUAAGGAACUUCGUUACAAAAACCUUGCGAGAAACUAUUGUUUGGUCUACAUAGAAGAUUUAGUAUCCGGCGCAUAUGAUAUAAAGGAAAAAGCUGAAGCAGAAGCGAAACGGAAGAGGAUAGAGAAAAGAAGAAAAGAGAAGGAAGCUGCUGAGAUUGCAGCAAAAGAAGCUCUCAAAAAGUAA